GGCGUUUAGUCUUCAGUACUUGGUCAAACCUUCGAGAUGAAGCUGCUCCGUCUAAGCCUUUUGUUUCUCCUAGCUGCAAAGCCCCAAAAUCACUGUGAAUCAAAGCGCUUAGUUGGACCUUUUCCGGCGGGUCCAUCUGGCAGGAUUAAGGGUGGCGAGGAGGCUGAGAUCGGAUUUGCUCCGUACCAGGUCUCCCUGCAACCCAUAGUGGGCUCCCAUAAAUGCGGUGGUGCCAUUCUAAACGAAAACUGGAUCAUAACCGCCGGACACUGCGUGGAAAAUUUCAUUCCCGCCCUGGUCAAUGUGAUCACGGGCACCAAUAAGUGGGCAGAACCGGGAGCCGUCUACUACACCGCCGAGAUCCACAGACACUGUAUGUACGACCAGCCUUACAUGCAUAACGACAUCGCCCUGGUGAAGCUUACCCAGAACAUCACCUUCAAUGAGCUGACCCAGCCGAUCGCUCUGCCCACUAGGCCGGUUGAACUCAGUGACGAGAUCGUCCUCACGGGCUGGGGCUCCGAUGUGGCCUACGGGAGUUCCAUGGAGGACCUGCACAAGCUGACCGUGGGCCUUGUUCCUCUGGAUGAGUGCUACGAGACCUUCAACCGAACCAGCAGCAUGGGUGUGGGUCACAUCUGCACCUAUUCGCGUGAGGGUGAGGGCGCCUGUCACGGCGAUUCCGGUGGUCCGCUGGUGAGCAAUGGCCAUGUGGUGGGUGUGGUCAAUUGGGGACGACCCUGCGGGGUCGGACUGCCCGAUGUGCAGGCCAAUGUGUACUACUACCUGGACUGGAUUCGCAGCAAGAUCAGCGGCAACAGCAAAUGCUACUACUAAUUUACUUACCAAAUUUAAAUAGUCAAUUGUUAGAAAGAUUUCAGAGGAAAAUAAAGAAAAAUUAACACUAUUAUAAAAGUGCCUGAUGAAA